AUGUUCUCUCCCAAGUUCACCGCCUUCAUCCUUCUUGCCAUUGCUGGUUCUUCCGUCGACGCUGUACCUGCUCCGUACAAGCGUGACGGUGCCACUCCCGCCCUGGCGGCGCGUGAGCCUCAGUUCUCUGUCAACAUCCCGAACAAUAUUCCCGUCUCGGGCGCGUUCCCGAACGGCAUCACUAUCACUCCUGGUACUCCCUCAGGCAGCAUUGUGACGGGCGCGCAGAACUCGACCCUGUUCGGCCAGUUCGGUUUCAAGCGCGAGGACGCGACCCCGGCGCUCGCUGCCCGUGAGCCUCAGUUCAGUGUCAACAUCCCGAACAACAUCCCCGUCUCUGGGUCGUUCCCGAACGGGAUCACAGUCAUCCCUCAGACGCCCUCGGGAAGCAUCGUGACGAGCAACCGCAACGGCACCUUCCCGUUCAACCUCUUUGGACGCGAUGAGGCGACGCCUGUUCUCGCUGCCCGUGAGCCGCAGUUCUCGGUGAACAUUCCCAACACCAUCCCGGUUAGCGGCGCGUUCCCCAACGGCAUCACCGUCACUCCCGGUACACCGAGUGGCAGCAUCGUCACCGGCGCUCAGAACUCGACGCUCUUUGGCCAGUUCGGCUUCAAGCGUGACGAAGCCACCCCUGCUCUCGCCGCCCGCGAGCCCCAGUUCAGCGUGAACAUCCCGAACAACAUCCCUGUCAGCGGUAGCUUCCCGAAUGGAAUCACGGUCAUUCCUCAGACCCCUUCGGGCAGCAUCGUCACCAGCAGCCGCAACGGAACCUUCCCGUUCAACCUCUUCGGUCGUGACGAGGCUACUCCGGUCCUGGCGGCUCGCGAGCCGCAGUUCUCGGUGAACAUCCCCAACAACAUUCCCGUAUCUGGUGCUUUCCCCAACGGCAUCACGGUCAUCCCUCAGACCCCGUCGGGCAGCAUUGUCACCAGCAACGGCAACAGCACCUUCCCCUUCAACCUCUUCGGCCGUGGCGUUUGA